AGCGUGCAGGAUAAACACAACCCCCUCCUCUCUCCUCCCAAGAAAUACUACUUCGCUCUCAGCUUUUCUACAGACAAGGAGACGGCUGUUGCUUAAAAAAGCUAAUUUAAAUCACAGAAGAUGGAUUCAGACAGGGAAACUGUUGCAAUGGAGUCCAAAAGGCGGGAGCGUCAAACGGGUUCAACCAAGUAUACUUGUCAUGAUGUUGAAGCUAUGCAGGAAUCAGACGAUGGCAUUGGCUUGUGUGGCUGGUUGUUGGUUGGAUGCUCCCUUCUGCUGAUGUUGGCUACUCUGCCAGUCUCCAUAUGGAUGUGCAUUAAGAUUGUGAAGGAGUAUGAACGGGCCAUAAUCUUUCGUUUGGGGCGCAUUCUGCGAGGAGGAGCCAAAGGGCCAGGGUUGUUCUUCAUCUUGCCCUGCACUGACAGCUUUAUUAAUGUGGACAUGCGCACUAUCAGCUUCGACAUCCCCCCACAAGAGGUGUUGACAAAGGACUCUGUGACUGUGAGUGUCGACGGUGUGGUGUACUACCGUGUCCAGAAUGCCACCCUGGCUGUGGCCAACAUCACUAAUGCAGAUGCUGCCACCCGCCUGUUGGCCCAGACAACCCUGAGAAACGUUCUCGGGACCAAGAACCUGGCUGAGAUCCUGUCUGACCGCGAAGAGAUUGCACACAGUAUGCAGUCUACACUGGACGAUGCUACCGAUGACUGGGGGAUCAAGGUCGAACGUGUGGAGAUCAAGGACGUCAAGCUGCCCCUUCAGCUCCAGAGAGCCAUGGCAGCGGAGGCAGAGGCGAGCCGUGAGGCCAGAGCUAAGGUGAUUGCUGCAGAGGGAGAGAUGAACGCAUCGCGAGCGUUGAAGGAGGCCUCGCUGGUGAUUGCGGAGUCUCCAUCGGCCCUGCAGCUGCGCUACCUGCAGACCCUGAACACCAUCGCUGCAGAGAAAAACUCCACCAUCAUUUUCCCACUGCCACUGGAAAUGAUGAAUAGCUUCAUCAAACACUGAGGAGGAUGCUGAAAACACAUCAGGCGCAUAUACGCACCUCACAGCACACAUACAAAUACUCACACACAUACACAUGCGCACAAACUAACUCGUUUAGACCCUGUGACCACUACAUGUCUUUUUAGCAGCGCUUGGUGUCUUGCUUUUCAGACCUUUUGGAUUUUCAAGCCAUGACUACUUAUUUUGCUCAAGACAGCAAGAUAGCAAGGAAGGCUACUUCAAGUUAGGCCUAGAUCAGAGUUCAGGAGUUUUAAAUCCCUAACCGAUUUUUUAAAAUCGGUUUCAAAGUGACACAAUUAUCCAGAUUUUAAGUCCUAAAUAUCAAAAAUGUUUGAAAAUUAUUGGGGCGGCCCCAAUGAGUCUCUGAGCUGUCGGGAGGUGUAAGAUUGGAUGUAUAAAACUCUCACAUUACCACAAAUCCUGAACAUCAGUACUGAUUUUCAGCCCCAGGUGACUUGGGGUUAAGACAGCCCAAAACUCCUGUAGGCUGAGACAGGCCAUAGCUGCAUAUUUACAGAGCUGUACAGCUAACUUACUGUAGCCAGUAAUUAGCCAAAGUAGGUUCUUGCUGAAGCAUUAUUUUUGGCAUUAAACAUGAAUUAGCUCAAAUAAUCCCAUCAGUUGUUUUUAGCUUUUAUCCUGUAAUUUUUCCAAAUUAUGUGCCAAAAUGAACAUUUCACCGUUUGCAACAGAUUCAGUAAUUGGGGGCAUCUUUCUUUCACAACUGUAAAAGUAGAAGCAAGGAAACCCAAGAAGUCCAACACCACAUUUUCCCACAGGGCAAGAGUCUCACUUUGCAGUUGCUAAGUUUCAUAGUAAAACUCAACAACAGUCCAUAUAUUCUCAGUUUAUUGCACUUGGUGUCCAACUGGAAGAGCUAUUGAGAACACAAACUAGUACAUCCUUUCCAUUUGGAAAAAAAAAAUGUAGCAAGCACUGUAAAGAGAGGUUCCUGCUGUGCAUGUGGGCUAAGGGUUAAUUUAUAGUUCUGUGCUGAAGUGUCACUGUAGCUUCGCCGUAGUGUCCUGUGUCGGUGUGAACAGCUCUGAUUUGAAGAGUCUGUCUAUCAGUGGUGGAAAGAGUACUACAAAUUACUCCUCCAGUAUAAGUACUGUUAUUUUGCUAAAAUUUUACUUUAGCAUAGGUGGAAGUAUUACUGAAAAAAUGGACUGAAGUAAAAGUAAAAAGUAGCUCAUUUACAAUGUACUCAGUAAAAAUUACUGAGUUACUGUUUCAGAGCAGUAACUGUUAGGAGUGAUCUUUUCUAUACAUAGGCCUGUCACGAUAACAAAUUUUGAUGUUCGAUUAAUUGCGUCAGAAAUUAUUGCGAUAAGCUAUAAUAUUGCAUAAUGUUGUGUGUUUAAGACUAUUUUUAUUAUUGUUGUAAUUUUGACAUUUUCAGACCAUUCUUUAAACUUAUAUUAUGAUAAUAAAGGCGUAGUGAUGCAUAAAACAAGAAAAUUUAAAUAUCCAAAAUAAAUAACACGUAAAAAUACCAAUAAAUAAAUACAGACCUUAUGAAUACAAAAAAAUUGACAAAAAUGUGAUAAUUUGUUCUCUGUAAUGGAUAUGCUUUAAUAUAUAGGGAGGUUCAAUACUCAAGCAAAGAUUUACUGAAUUAAAAGUACUAAAAUACUCAAAAGUACACCUACACAAAAAGCUGCUUAAUUACAGUAACAUGAAUAAAUCUGAUUAGUUACUUCUGUGUCUGCUGUUCACACUCUGAGCCAAUCUCUGACACACUGACAACAGUGUGGAUUUUAUGAAUACAUCACUACUGGGGACGCCCAGGUAGCUCACCUGGUGGAGCACAUGCACCAUGUCCCAUCCCUCUGCCCUGCCGCCCUGACUCUCUCUCGACUAUAGCUAAUAAUCAUGUAAUAAAGCAAAAUUGGCACACACACAUACAAAAAAAAAAAAAAAAAAAGCAACGGCAGCAUUCUCUGUGGGCUAUGCAGGAGCCACAGAAACCUACAGUGGCAUUUUGAUACAGAACUAUAUAUUGACCUUCACACCUCACUUAUAUGCAUGCAUGAACACUCACACACACACAUGCACACUUUCUCUCCCGUUGCUAAUGAUAUUCUCUUAGAUUAGUGCAAGCUGGAACACUGCUGAUGUGACAGUACCAGGUUAAGUGAUACUGCCCUAGCUGGAUGUUACUUGUGUGUUUCAAGUAUGUAGUUUAUGUAGAUGCCGUAUAUAUAUCUGUAGUUCCCCAUUACAUUUAAAUGUGAAACCUGCACUGCUUAGGAGAAGAGUGCAGGAACUGGGGACUGUCUGGUCUGUCUGUGUGAAAGUAAAAUCCUGUUUAUCGCAAUUCUGUCAACCAGAGGCCUUAAGCUGCUCCUAUCGAUGCAUUUUUACAAUCUCAUAUUACCUUUGUAUUGCAUUUCUGCGCAUAACCGAAUGGGACCCCAAAACCCCCAAAGAUUUUUUUAUUUUUUAAAACAGGUUUUUAAGCAACAGUUUUAUCCAGUUUUAUCACAUCCAAUUUUAGAGGUGUAAAAACAAGCUUAAUGUUUCUAUGUACCUUAAAAUUUCAUAUUGAUAUUUCAUAUUUGCUCAUCUUCGUAUGCAUUUUUUGUCUCCUUGGGAUGCAAAAAUGAGUAUUGUGAGGGAACAUAAUGUGAUCAGUCUCUGCUAAAGAAUAAAUAUAAAUAUAAAUAUAUCUAAAAUAUAUGUACAAACAUAUAUGUAUACAAUUAUGUUGGAGCUAGCCAUUGUUACUAUAUAAAAAAGCAGUUCUGAAAUAUUUUUUUUUACUUUUUUGUUAGCUGGAGAGAUCAUUUAGGAUUGUUCAGGCUGCUUUAAUUGUUUUUUUUUGUAGCUGAAAUAGGUCACUUGGCAUGUGGGCGGGGUGGGUAGCAUUCAGAUGUUAUUACAUAAAUUGCUGUGUAUUCAAAUUACUUACUGUUACUACACCGCAUUGUUAUUGCUGUUUCACUGCAACUAUGCAGCAGAGAAUGUUUUUCAGUUUGGGAUCCACACUGAGUAAAUUUAGACUGCCACUACAUCUUAUUUUUAACCAGGCAUGUUGACUUAGAACUGCUUUAUAGAAAAAGCUGGGUGGUGUGGGCUAGUGGAGAGAAGAUUACAUACCGACAUACACACAAACAUCUGAGAGCUGCGUGGUACCACCACAUAAAUCUGUUUGUCACUGAGCAGCUACACUGGAGGAUUGUGACAGGUUUUAACGCCUUGUCCGAAAUCAAGCCAGUAGUAGUAACUGUGUGUUCACUUCCUCCACUUACACUCCCUCAGGCUGCCUAGGGAUAAGUGAGCUUCUUGACACCAGCUCACUUAAUAAUUACAAAGUUUUUACCACCAAUUGAUCAGUUUGUUACAUUUUGAUGUUUAUUUUUACAUAUUUAUCUGUUAAUGAUUGCAUGGCAGAAUUGAUGUUCUUUUCCUACAGUUUGCUAACGUUUGAUAUUGUUUUUAUUAUAUCUUGACAUAUUUUGAGACAAAUUAAAGACAUUAACGGCAAUUGUAACAUUUCUUUCUGUGAUUGGUGUUAUUUGCAAGCAGAAGGUUGUUUUAAAGUGAAGGUCGAAAUAAAGACACCACUCAUACUAAA